AUGGUGCUGGCAAACAACUCAAUGUUGGACUGGGAGUCAGUGCCAGUCACAAUGACUUUGUUGGACAGGUAAAUAAAAUAUAACGCAGUCUAUAAUAAUACAUUAUGAUUUCUUGCAUUAUUUAUCCAAAUCUUGUAGCCUAUAUAGCCCAAGCCUAAUUAUUAUUAGGCGUGGGCUAUAUAGAUUUAGUCUUUUAGGCUAUGUUCGGUAUUGAUGUGAUUGAUUAAUGUGAUCCACUGCACCGAUUAUUAUUAUCAGCACAAUUUAAUUACUUUUCCAUUGUCUCUCAGACAUCUACUCAGAUGUGCGGAUGAUCCCAGAACAGUGGCCGACUUCAAGAAAACAGUAUCUACAUCACUGAAGACACGGAUGGAUCCCGCAAAUACAGAGAAGCAGGGAGAGCCGCUAUGCUUGCUGCAGCUCUUGAUCCCCGCCACAAGCACCUGCGCUUUCUCCCGUCGGAUGUGCAAGAUGCAGUAAGAGAACAAAUCACUACAGAGUAUAACGAACUGCCAUCAGUGCAUCAUGGUGAUGAAGACGCCGACGGCAACCACCGGACGAAGAAGCCAGCGGCAGCGGGGCCGGGGUGAUGGAGCCCAGGCCCUCGCAGCCAAAAAAGAGAAAAAUGACCCUGAGCGCUUUCUUUGGGGACGAUGACGGGGAGUCAAGUGCAGAUGAUGAGCUGGGGCGAUACGCCCAGUAUCGCUGA